UCCAAUCACCUGAUAAUGUGUAGGGAUGAAUAGUCGUAUGAGCCGCAUUUCGAAUGUCACUGUUGUACGACAUUCUGCAUAAACGGCAUGACGAGCGGGACCAGAGUCUCGAUUGCCACGAUUCCACGUCUUGACCCACGCUGAACAACUACUUCUCCCUCACGGCUGGGUAGCAACCCAGUGUCCAAUCUUUUCAGUGUCACAACUAUCCGGAUUACAAUGGUCUAUACCGCUUGGCUGUUUGUCGCCUCUUUGGUCGUCUUGGGAUCUUCGAGUCCAAUAUCGGCAUACAAGGCCUCGAGCAAUAAUGCUGGGCCUCUCGUUGUUACCAGCAACGGGACAAUUCAAGGCAUCUACUCUCAAGCCUACAGUCAGGAUUUCUUUCUCGGUGUCCCGUACGCUCAACCUCCCAUCGACGAACUUCGAUUUCGGAAUCCUGUCAGUUUGAACAGCACAUUCAAUGGAGUGUUCCAAGCCACCGCAUUCCCUCCGCAAUGCGUCGGCUUCGGUUCUGAUUCGGAUGGAAGGCCACAGUCAGAAGACUGUCUGUAUCUGAACGUUGUCCGGCCUUCUGGCUACGAAAACACAACACUCCCAGUUGCUGUCUGGUUUCAUGGUGGUGCGCUGGUGGAAGGUGGCAUACGCGAUCCCAGAUACAACCUAUCAUACAUCGUCGGAAACUCUGUCAACAUUGGCAAACCCUUCAUCGCUGUCGCUGUUGCCUACCGAUUGAGCGCAUGGGGCUUCCUUCAGUCUUCGCAGGUCAGUGCAUCUGGCAACACCAACAUGGGACUAAGGGACCAAAGAUUGGCCCUCCACUAUGUGCAAGAGAACAUUCAAGCGUUCGGCGGCGAUCCACAAAGGGUAACGAUCUGGGGUGAGUCGGCAGGCGCUGGGUCUGUAGGCUGGCACAUCACCGCCUACAAUGGUCGCAACGACAAUCUCUUUCGAGCCGCUAUCAUGCAAUCGGGCAAUCCUCUCGCUUAUCACAACUAUCGCAACACGUCUUAUUACCAGCCGUACUAUCAGAUCUUGAUCACUGCUUCCGGGUGUCUUUUAGCGAUAGAUUCGCUAGAGUGCCUGAGAAACCGGCCUCUCGGGAUUGUGAAAGCAGCUAUUUUCGCAACCAACCUGCUUAUGAGUUGGCAACCCAUUGUCGAUGAGGACUUUAUCGUGCGGACAUCCAGUCAACAAAUCGCUGACGGUGCUUUCGUCCAAGUCCCCAUCAUUGACGGCGCCAAUACUGAUGAAGGGACCGCCUUUUCUCCUUUGCCAGUCAGCGACGAGCUAAGCUUCCUGGACAAGCUCGUCAGUCCGUAUGAGCCCGUCAAUAUUCCCUCAGACUUGGCCGCGGCUGCGAACGCCGUCUAUCCUAACAAGCCAGAGUAUUGGAUCCCCUCUGCGGAGAUGCUAGGAAAUUCCAGCAUCCCACGAUUAUUCGGCGACGCGGAGGAAUGGCGGAGGAGUGCCGCGUACUAUGGCGAUGCAUAUUUCAUCGCCAAUCGCCGCGGCACCUGUCAGGCCUGGGCAGCUCGCGGAUUGACCGCGUACAGCUAUCGUUUCAAUACUUUACCCGCGGGCGUUCCGCGAUGCAUCGGCGCGACACAUUUCCAAGAAGUUGCGUUUGUCUUCAACAAUACCCAAGGAGUCGGAUACUCGACCAACCCUUUCCAAGGCAUGCCGCUCGCUUACCAGCAACUUUCCAAAUUUAUGGCCUCGGCAUGGACCUCAUUCAUCGUCGAUCUCGAUCCCAAUAGCUUCAUCACCGCGGGCUCCGGGGCGCCUAUGUGGCCGAAAUACUCCGUCGAUCAACCCGAAAACAUGGUUUGGGAUGCGAGCAUGACCGGGAUAGCCUACACCGAGCCGGACACAUUCCGUCAGGAAGGAAUCCAGUGGAUCCUGGACCACGCGGACGCAUAUCAGCGAUGAUGGGCUGGCGAGAGCCACUUUUCACUUCUCCCGUUUAGAAUUGAUCGUUUUUCAAGCGUGGUGUUUUUGGCCCCGGCGAGGCAGGUCGUUCUAAUUUUUUUUCUUCCCGGACAAGGUCCAUAAAUACGAGAUACCCUGUUGCAUCACAAAAAUUUAUUUCUCGGUUACGG